AUGGAACAGGCUAGUGCGAGAAGCUAGGUGAAGUGCUCCAAAGAAGAGCAAAGGAGAAACCUUUUCCCCCUUUUGGACAUAGCAUUUUUCAUGACAGGGGCUCUGCAAACGGGAGCACUGCUGGAGAUCCUGAGUUUGCCUGAUGUGUGCUUGACAUUUUAGCACAGAUUCAGCAAAGCGGCUUUAUUCAGAAAAAACUGCUUAGACAAUCUAAUGGAUGAAGAUGAGAAAGACAGAGCAAAGAGGGCUUCACGUAACAAGUCUGAGAAGAAGAGGCGCGAUCAGUUCAAUGUUCUCAUCAAAGAGCUCAGCUCCAUGCUUCCAGGCAACACUCGCAAAAUGGACAAAACUACUGUGCUGGAAAAAGUCAUUGGCUUUCUGCAGAAACACAAUGAAGUCUCAGCACAGACGGAGAUUUCUGAAAUUCAGCAGGACUGGAAGCCUUCAUUUCUCAGCAAUGAAGAAUUCACCCAGCUGAUGUUGGAGGCAUUAGAUGGCUUCAUUAUAGCAGUAACUACAGGUGGAAGCAUCAUCUAUGUGUCUGACAGCAUCACACCUCUUCUAGGGCAUUUACCGUGUGAUGUCUUGGAUCAGAAUUUGUUGAAUUUCCUCCCAGAACAAGAACAUUCAGAAAUUUAUAAGAUGUUAUCUUCUUGUAUGCUUAUGACAGAUUCUGCCUCACCGGAUUACCUAAAAACUGACAAUGAACUAGAGUUUUAUUGUCAUCUUCUGAGAGGAAGUUUGAACCCAAAGGAAUUUCCAACAUAUGAAUACAUAAAAUUUGUAGGAAAUUUUCGGUCUUACAGCAAUGUGCCUAACUCCACUUGCAAUGGCUUUGACGAGGCUGUCCCGAGGGCUUACAGAACGUCCCUGGGAAAGCAGAUCUGCUUCGUUGCGACUGUUCGUUUGGCAACACCUCAGUUUUUAAAGGAGAUGUGCAUUGUGGAAGAACAUCUAGAGGAAUUCACAUCAAGACAUAGUCUGGAGUGGAAAUUUUUAUUCCUGGAUCACAGAGCACCGCCAAUUAUAGGAUACUUGCCUUUUGAAGUGCUGGGUACUUCUGGCUACGACUAUUACCACAUAGAUGACCUGGAGCUGCUAGCAAGGUGCCAUGAACACUUGAUGCAGUUCGGCAAGGGGAAGUCGUGCUGCUAUCGGUUUCUGACCAAAGGACAGCAGUGGAUCUGGCUCCAGACCCAUUACUAUAUCACCUACCACCAGUGGAACUCCAAGCCAGAGUUCAUUGUGUGCACUCACAUGGUGGUAAGUUAUGCAGAUGUUCGGGUGGAGAGGAGACAGGAGAUGGGCUUGGAAGAAGUGUCCUCAGAGGUUGUGUCCUCAGCACUUAAGGACAAUGGUGCCAGCUUGGAUCCUGAACAGCACUUUAAUGCACUUGAUGUUGGUGCCUCAAUCCUUAGCACCAGUCGGACACCCUCAGUAUCAUCUAGGAGCUCACCAAAAUCUUCCCACACACCCAAGUCAGACCCAGCAUCUACACCAACAAAGCUGAUUGCAGAGUCUAACACUCCCUUGCCAAGAACACCAAGCGCGCAGCAGGAUCUAUCUCUGCAUAGACUCAGUCAACCUACUGCUCUUCAGGUUUCUUUGCCUUCUCAGCCUCCAUGUGAGCUUCUCCCACAGCAGUUGCUGCCUCAAGCAACUCUGCAAAAUCAGCCUGCACCUCUGGCACAGUUCUCAGCACAGUUCAGCAUGUUCCAGACAAUCAAGGACCAACUAGAGCAGCGGACACGGAUCCUGCAGGCCAACAUCCGGUGGCAGCAGGAGGAGCUCCAGAAGAUACAGGAGCAGCUCUGCCUGGUCCAAGACUCCAGCGUACAGAUGUUCUUACAGCAGCCAACAGUGUCCCUGAGCUUUAGCAAUACUCAGCAGCUGGACCCACAACAGCUACAGCAGAGGUCAGAGGCCAUUUCUCAGCAGCAGCUUGUACCCAGUCCUCAACUCCAAGGGCAAAUCACAUCUUCACAAACAACAAACCAGCAGGCACUGAGAGAAGCAAGCGUGAUAUUGAGCCAGGUAAUAAUUUCUUUGAAUAGAGAAGUGUUUAGGUGGAAAGAAGACACCAAGCUGUUAUUAAGCAAGGAAGUAAAAUCAUGUCAAUCCUGUAAGUAUAUGCCUUUGCCUUCCCUUCCUCAUUCUUCUCUACCACAAGGUGAAUUUAACCGAAGUUGUAAUAUAUUACUCAAGCAGCCAGAUACUUGGCAGAUAAUAAUAAAAAAACAUGAUUUAUUAGUCAUGUGCCAGGCACCCACAUCACCCCCGAGGGCAAGCCUCAGCCCUCUCCUCCAAGUGCCCAGGAUGUGCCUGCCACAGCUAGAAGCUGAGGUCAGACCUCCUAACACACAGCCUAGUGCCAUGCCUGUGAAAAUGUCCUGUUUCUGUUUGCAAAAUGUGUGGUCUUUCUGUUCUAGCAAUGUCAUUCUUUCUUUUUUCCCAUGCAUCAGACUGUUACUCAGCCAGCCUAUUCAGCCCAUGAUGCCUGGGUCCUGUAAUGCAAGACACCCUUCAGACCUCAGCAUGGCAGGAUCCCAGGCUAAGUAUUCUCAAACCCAACAAAUGUUUCAAAGUUUGGAAGUGCAGACUUCCAGCAGCAGCUCUCCAAUCAUACUGAUGGGACAAGCAGUGUUAAACCAAGGGUUCACCACUACACCUCCUUCGCAGCCAUCUUCUCUGCCACCUAUGCAACUCCAGCACCAACAGCAUCAGCAACAACGCUACCUGCAGGUGCAAACACCAAGUUCUUUGCACAAUGAACAACCCGAUUCUUUGCUCCUGCCAUCUUACUCACCACAGCAAGGAAAUAUGGGGUAUCAUCAGACACAGCAGCAGCAGCAGCAGCAACAGCAACAACUAACAUCAAGAAGAAGGAAUAGCUUAUCAGAAUCAUCAAAUUUACCACAGCCACUGCGAUAGAGUCCCACCAGCACAAUCAAUGCACGAUUAGCUUUAACCAAUGGGCACAUGGGGCAGAAGAGAAUGACUUUGUACUUACUGUUCUGGCUUUUGCACAAGCAUUUCUUUCAAAGCUCUAUGACAGAAGUACGCCACAGAGUGCAGACUGCAACCGACAGUGCGUUUACAGCACGCUGGAUUCAGUUUGCGCUAUCUCGUGAGCACAGUAUGUACUGACAGAGCAAAACAAAGAGGAACACUACCCUGUGCAGCCUCUAUCACCAAUGAGUGCACGGGAGAAGGCGUUCAGUCUCGGCAUGUCGUUCCAAAAGCUAUCUGGCAAUUCCAAAAGACUGUUGGCAGACUCAUGAGGUAUUUGGCCUUCACUGUUUCAGUUCUUCUUUUGUGUAUGAAAAGCACUGCGUCAAAGGUCUAUUGAGGAGAGAACAAGAGAUUAUUUUUAUUAUGAUUAUUGUUAUUAUUUUGCACAACUGCACAGAGGACAAAACCUAGGCACUUUCUGUAAAGAGAAGUUUGUUUCUUCAUUCUUGUGGCCAAACUAGCACAUCCAAUGGAGGAGAAAGCCCAGCCAUUGGUGAAGAUGGUCUACAGCUCAUAACCCUUGAUUUAGAAUCUGAAAAGUAUUAUGCAGCUUACCCUAACUGCUCUUCAUUACGAAACAACCAACCAAAAAAACAAACCCACAACCCACUCUGGACUGUUUCCUACAUGAAUUGUGAUUGCAAAAGAGAACUCAAAUUGUAAGCACAAUCAUGCAACUCUCCAGUAGUACAACAUGAAUCCUUCUUCAACCUAACUCGCCCACUCCAAGUCUCUGAGAAAUAUGCACUGUGUUUUGGCCCAGUGACUCGGGAUGCUGCAGACUAUUACAUAUCUCUUUCAUUGUAACAUUUAGGAUUAAAUUUUCCUUUGGAGGAAAAAAAAAAGAAAUGCACUUUUCGCUUUUUUUGUAUGUUUUCCGUUGAUAUGUUUCUAAGAAAGAUUUUAUGUAAUUAUUAAAUAAAAAGUAGUGUAUUGUACAGCUGUUGUAAUAAUGACCUAUUUCUAUAUAAAAUAAAAUUAUAUGGAAUUAUGUGGAAAUUAUUUUGUAUAUGAAAUAUCAACUCAUUUCACAAGUAUAAAGAUUGUGCUUGUGCUUUUUUGUGAGUGGGUAUUUUGUAAUAAACUAAUUAAUUAGAAAUGUUUUUGUGAAGGGAACUGCUGUUUCAUGCUAUAUACAACACAAACUAUUAUUUUUUUCCAUUUAAUGAUGGACAGUUGUCUUUAUUUGUAGAAUAAAAUAAAAUAGCCAAAAGGCUUUAUUGCAGAACUUGCA